UUUGGCUGAGUAAGCGAAAGUUAAAACGCUUGGUCCUGGUCAUUUCGGAAAUCAAAACCAAGGAAGUAAUGGAGAGAUGGCAGUUUGACAUUCAAACUGAGGAAAUGAAUGAGGAGGGUGAAAACUCGACCAGACAGAAGGAUGAGAAGAAGAUAAAGCAAGAAAUGUCUGAUGUUAUUCGACAAAUAACAGCAUCGGUUACAUUCCUCCCACUUCUCGAAGAACCAUGCUCUUUCGAUGUGCUGAUCUAUACGGGAAAAGAAACUGAAGCACCUAGUGACUGGGUCGAGAGCAGUGCAUGUCUCAUAAAGAAUAGCGAACAGAAUACGUUUUGGAGUAUUCUUAACUGA